CUUAUUAGGGUCUUGCUAAUCCAAGAAGUCUAGGACCUCAAAAGUCUCUAGAUUGCCUCCAAAAUCCACGAUUCCAAGAAGCUAGGAUGGUUGACUGACCGAGGGCCUGUAGGACCCUCCAGUAACUGUAUUGAGAACUUAGAACGGCCAUCAGCAUCCCACGGUCCGCUGGACCAAGGCCCUGGCAAGGCGCACACAAGACAACUCCGGAGCUCCGUGAACCAACCCGGGAUACCCAGAGGGAAUUUGGGAAAGUUGCAAGCAAAACAUCAUUUCUCAAAGAAGAUUUUGGGUAACAGAAGUUCUGCAUAACAGAGACAGGAUCUCACUUAGUGGCUUAGCACCUCAUUAAGUUGUUGAGGCUGGCUUUGAACUCGAGAUCUUUCUGCCUCAGCCUUCCGAGCCACCAGGAUUACAGGACAAACCAAGUUUAUCACCAUGAGUUGGAGCUUCCUGACUCGCCUGCUAGAGGAGAUUCACAACCAUUCCACAUUCGUAGGGAAGAUCUGGCUCACUGUAUUGAUUGUGUUUCGGAUUGUCCUAACAGCUGUAGGAGGAGAGUCCAUCUAUUAUGAUGAGCAAAGCAAAUUUGUGUGCAACACAGAACAGCCAGGCUGUGAGAAUGUCUGCUAUGAUGCCUUUGCACCACUCUCCCAUGUGCGGUUCUGGGUGUUCCAGAUCAUUCUGGUGGCCACUCCCUCGGUGAUGUACCUGGGCUACGCCAUUCAUAAGAUUGCCAAAAUGGAGCAUGGUGAGGUGGACAAGAAGGCGGCUCGGAGCAAACCCUAUGCUAUGCGUUGGAAACAGCACCGGGCCCUGGAAGAAACAGAAGAGGACCAUGAAGAGGAUCCCAUGAUGUAUCCAGAAAUGGAAUUAGAAAGUGAAAAAGAAAAUAAAGAGCAGAGCCAACCGAAACCCAAGCAUGAUGGCCGACGACGGAUUCGGGAGGAUGGGCUCAUGAAAAUCUAUGUACUACAGUUGCUGGCAAGGACCGUGUUUGAGGUGGGUUUUCUGAUAGGGCAAUAUUUCCUGUAUGGCUUCCAAGUCCAUCCAUUUUAUGUGUGCAGCAGACUUCCUUGCCCUCAUAAAAUAGACUGCUUUAUUUCUAGACCCACUGAAAAGACCAUCUUCCUUCUGAUAAUGUAUGGUGUUACAGGCCUCUGCCUAUUGCUUAACAUUUGGGAGAUGCUUCAUUUAGGGUUUGGGACCAUUCGAGACUCACUAAACAGUAAAAGGAGGGAACUUGAAGAUCCGGGUGCUUUUAAUUAUCCUUUCACUUGGAAUACACCAUCUGCUCCCCCUGGCUAUAACAUUGCUGUCAAACCAGAUCAAAUCCAAUACACCGAAUUGUCCAAUGCUAAGAUCGCCUAUAAGCAAAACAAAGCCAACAUCGCCCAGGAGCAGCAGUAUGGCAGCCACGAGGAGCACCUCCCAGCUGAUCUGGAGACUCUGCAGCGGGAGAUCAGAAUGGCUCAGGAACGCUUGGAUCUAGCAAUCCAGGCCUAUAAUCACCAAAAUAAUCCCCAUGGUCCUCGCGAAAAAAAGGCCAAAGUGGGGUCCAAAGCUGGGUCCAACAAAAGCAGUGCUAGUAGCAAAUCAGGGGAUGGGAAGACCUCCGUCUGGAUUUAAUCUUUGCUGGGCUUAAAACUUGGGCUUUUCAUAGUUUAUGGUAAGCAACGGCUCACUGAAUAAUGACUUCCAUUGAGUAAACAUUUGGCUCUGGUUAUCUUCAGGGAUGCUGUUGGCUCAUGAUCCAAACUCAGGGGACUCUGAAGGUGGGGCUGGGAUGAGUGGGGAAAGGGAAACACAGUGUUCCAGGGCACAUGUUCUCAGCAAUAAUACAGUUGCAGAACUUUACAUUUGUGUCUUCCAGAUCCAGAGAAGAACAGAUAUAUUUAAAUCAUUCUUGUUGAACAGUUUUUAUAUGUACAGUAUUAUGGUACAUUUUUUUUUCUUUUUUUUUUUUUAGUAUGAGAACUUUUUUGUAUUUGUACAUUGAACUGUUGUAGUUAUACUUUUUUAUAUUAAAGGAAAAAAAUCCUUGUAAGUAAUGCCUAUUAGGCUAGUGUUAUUACUUUGUUUAGCAAAAUCUACCCUGGGUUUAGAGUUUUAGUAGAUGCUACAUUCAAUACAAGUGCCUCUCAUGUUGCAGGGAACAUUUCAAUGGAGACUGAGGAGGAGAUACCAGUUUUCUGUCUUAGAAAGGAAGACUACAUUAGAAAGAGAUUGAGAUCUUCUCUCUUCCACCUGAGAAAUCUGGGAAUCUCAACUUUUAUGACCAGAGCUGUAGCCAUUCUUUGAAAACAUGUUUCCAAAGGAAGUAAAUAAUUAGCUGCAGGAUUUCUUCAAAUUCCAAGCAUUGCCAGUAUGUGCUUUGAUGUUAUAUACAUAAGUUCUUUCAAAAGACUGAUACGCAGUGGUGUCCCCCAUCUAGUAGCUACAUUCAAUAUAAGUGCCCAGGAGCAGUGUGAAGCGCCUGGCUAGAUUUUGGUGCUAAGCAGCUUGUCUCAGAGAGCUCAGUCGCGCCUGGGAAAUGAGGCCUAAUAGGAUGUUUAGCUGUGAACCCUUUUGAUUGGCUUUAAGCCUCAAUCCAGAAAUCUGCCCAUCUCUCUGGUUUCUUAAGCCCAUAAUGAAUAUUUUCCAUACUUGUUAACAUUAGAAAUAUAAAAAUUCCCUUAUAGACUAAGAAUAUUCAAAACUUCCUAUACUGCAAAUGGGAGAAGGCUUAAAUCCAGAUUUUUAAAUUUCUUUUUAUAAUGGAAUUUAUGAUUGACUUACUUCUGCCAAUGUAGGUGUCUGCCUAAGUGGCCAUUCUCACUUGGGAUUUGUCUGUAAAUAAACCAAAAGAGGUGUUCAGUAUUUAUUCCCUGUUGGUAUAUGUUAUUUGUUAAUGACAAGCAUUAUUGUUUAUGAAACUAGUGUUUUAUAAACAGUAUUUAUUGCCAUCUUUUUUUUUUUUUUCCCAACCUGUUUAUUGAACCCAGUGCUCACACAUGCUAGGUAAGAGCUACAUCCCCAGCCUUGUUUUUUUCCUUUUUUUUUUUUUAAUGGGAUCUCCCUGAGUUGCCCAGGCUGGUCUUGAACUUGCCUCUGCCUCCCUAAUAGCUGGGAUUACAGAUGUAUACCACCACUCCCAGUACCAUCUUUACAUUUUGUUGGAGAGCUGUGUUCUCCUAUCCCAUUUUUGUGGUUUGUCUUAGUGGUGAAACUUGGUAAAGGUGUCAGGGGGUCUUUGCUUUACCAGGGAGCAUUUCACUUGGGUGUCUUCCUCUUUUCUAACAAAACUGCUGCAAGCCACUUCUGACUUUGAAAUUCCAAAGGUGUUACGCUUUGUGUCUUCAUUUUUAAAUGCCAUUUCCAGGCUAUUUAGAAGAAUAUGAGAAUAGCACCUUUUGUGCAUUUGUUUUUUCUUUGUUGUUUCUCCAUUUGCAUUCCCCCUCCUCCCGCCCCCACGCAUACCCAAAAAAACUCAGAAAAUUUAACCUUCUAGCCAUUCAUUGACUUAUAUUUGUGAAUAUAUAUUUUCUAAUCUUUAAAUUUUAGCUUGGAAAAACUCCUCAGGAUCUCUCAAAAUUUUAAGCAGAAAAUAAGCUCAGGUGAGACUGAGGGGGAAAUUUUAGAAAAUGACAUACAUGUAUAUCAUGAAUAAUCAAUGGGCAUUGGCAGUUUUCCUCAAACCAAAUGGUUAAUAAGGAAAUUCAUAUAAUUGCUAGAAAAAAAGGCAGGAUUUUUACUAGUUAAACCUCAUUGAGAUACAAAACUACCGAUUCUUAUGUUGCUGGAGCUUCCAGCAGAUUUCUUAAUUGAAGGACAGAAAAUUCACAUCCACUCAAUGCCAUUUGUUCAGAGCCCGGAGGAAAAGAGAGUGGCUUUGCCAGCAGAAAGGUUGGGAAUUUGAGUGGUGGAGAGGGAAGGAGUCGAGCAGAAACGCCAGGAAGAACCAGGCAAAGGCAUUUGGUGCCAGGAGUAUCCACUUAGUUCUACAGCAGCCCUGGUGUUUCAUCUUGGCUUAUGCUGCUGAGAAUGUUAGCUUUUGUGUCUGGCUAAUUCUUCAACUUUUUAAAGUAUAUAGAAAGAUGUCACCUCACAUGUACACACUUUAAAAUCUAUAUUUAUUCUCUUGCUAAAGUUUUUUUUUUUUUUUUUUUUUUUUUUUUUAGUACCGGGGAUUGAACCCAGGGGCGCUUAAACACUGAGCCACAACCCCAGCCCUUUUUAAUAUUUUAUUUAGAGACAGGGUCUUGCUGAGUUGCUUGGAGACUCACUCACUAAAUUGCUGAGGGUGGCUUUGAACUCAAAAUCCUCUUGCCUCAGCUACCUGAGCUGCUAAAGUUUUCAUUAUGACAGGAAUUUCCCUACUUGCUGCCUCCUUAACACAUUUCUUUUAUUCAGCUUUUGAAUAUAAGAGUUUGCCAUAACUGUUUUCCACUCAUAACAUGGUAUAAACCUACAUAAAGAGAGUAACUCCUCUUUGUCUAAUUUAUUAACACAUUGAUUCUACAUUGAAUCUGUGAAAAUAUUGUUCUGGAAAGUACAAGUAUUUGUAUCAAAAGUCUGCCAAUAGUUUUGUUUUUUCUAUCAAAAUCAUAUUGUGGGCUGGGGUUAUGGCUUAGUGGUAGUGCACUCGUUUGGCAUGUGUGAGGCACUGGGUUCAAUCCUCGGCACCACAUAAAAAUAAAUAAAUAAUCAUAUUAUUUUAAAUUGCUGGAUAGGACUUGCUAUGUCGUGAUAUUUCUCCUCUAAAUGGAAGUUAAGUACUCAGUCCUUCACAUUGUUAGAAUCAGGAUAGGAGCAAUAACAUGUUUAUAUUCCUUAAUGUACUGGUGCAUUUAUUAAGAUGUUAUGUGUCCACACCUGACAUUUUGUUAAAAUCUUUUAUUCAGAAGAGAUUUGCAAAAGGAACAGGCAUCUUUUGCUUAGUUCACAUUUGAAGGGAGAAUUAGAUGACAUUUUCCCCUGAAGAAAUAUUAAUGUUCACUUUGUGGCUUUGUCUUUGCUUAUGACUUCGUUUUGCUUGUUUCCAUAUUUGUUCAUUAAAACCACAAGCGUAUUAUUUCAGUUGAAGUCAGUUUUUCUGGUAAUUUUCCUUAACCAAUAUUUAUGGAGUCAUUUGCUCUUGAUAACAAUGAACUUUGCCAUUCUAAAAUGGCACUCACAGUUCAGGUCUUUUGCAUAUCUGUGUCUUUUAGAGGGCCACCUAUAUCUUUAAAGGGGGAAAAAAUCAGUAUUAGUAAACUUAACUGUCAAUUCUUCACAGUUUGAAAUCAGGGAGAUCACUUUUCCAAGUUCAGGAGUCACUUGCCUCUGAGUGUUAGCCAGUAGUAACCUCUGGUAAAAGGUGUUCAAAAAAUCAACUAUCAGGACUUGGGUGUAGCUCAGGAGGGUAGAACACUUGCCUAGCAUGCAUGAGGUCCUGGGUUUGAUCCCUAGUACCACAAAAAAAAAACAAAACCCUCUUAUUAUUGGUCAUUUGACUGAGCUUGGAGCUUCAGAACAAUAGUGAACUGUGUAAUGGUGAUAAGGCAUACUGGAGUGCCCUUUAUUGUGGGCCUCAGUGAUGGUUUACAACACUUGAUCCAAGCAAUUUAUACCAAGAAUGGACUUUUAAAUAUUAUUCUUCUUAGUCAUACUUAUGAUUUACCCGUUUGGCAUUUAGAUGUCCAUGCUGUAUGCUUUCUGUCUCAUGUAAGAGGCAUUCACUUCUAAAAAUAACACCUCUGGGUGAUGAUAAAUUUUUGGCCAGCCAGCAUUUGGUAAAAGGCAAGUAUAUUAUACUUGAACUGACUUUAAUGAAUACCUUUUUUUAUUUAUAAAUCAAAGAUCUUUCCCAGCUGUGAAGAAGAUACCUGAAGUCAAAGAUACACAGCUGCUGGUCAUUUUGAUUGGAAGGUUCCAGGUAUUAGAUUAAUUUUAUGUAUAAAAUCAUGUAAUAUCUUGAAGAAUCUUACCACCCUAUAGUGAUAAAUCCCCUUUACCUAUACAGUGCAGUUGGGAGAUAAAAUGUCAGCCUACCUAACAUGUCCUACAUGUCAUAAAUCUGUAAUAAUUCAGUUACCAUCAAAUGUUAGAAUCAUUAGGUUGAAUUACAUACUUAUCACUCAUUCUAGCCUCACAUCAUGGAGACUUUAAGAUUUUCAUUUGCUGUUGUCCCUAAUGUAAUCUUAUUGCUUUGUUGUUUAUAAUAACAAAUUAAGUGGCUUUUGUUCAUGCAUAUUCCAUAUUAAAGAAGAAAUCCUCAGUAUUCUAAAAUCCAGGAGUUCCACUGCAGUGCAAAAUCAAUACAGAGAUAAAAAGUAAGUUCUGCCUUUUAGGUUGGCUUGUUGAACCAGACAAAGACAGUGGGCUAUGUGCUUCCCAAGAUUGAAAAAAAAAUUAACUGUUCUCUCAAUUAUGUUUUCUUUAGCAAAUCUCCUACAGAAGUCUCUACCUCGGUCAUUAAGUAUUGUGAUAUGAUUAGCAUAUUGAUACCAGAAAAACUUAGCUAGGACUUCCAACUUUUAAAGAAAAUUUAAAUGUAAAAUUCAACUGUUAACCAGGAAUCAAAUGUCAUGUGAUGUGCAGUUUGGAUAUUGCAUGAACAGCUAAGGAUUUACCUGUUUCAUUGCCAAAGAUGAUUUGUCAUUGAUUUUGUUCUGUACAGUUUAUGUAAAACUUUCAUGGUAGAGACAGGCUCUGUGCUCAGGGUCUUGUCUCUUGGAAGAUUUUGUCAGUUUUAUCAGUUCCAAAUACAGUUUAGAAGAUUCA